AUGUUCUAACAAGGAAAUCGGUUAAAUGGCAAUACCGGUGUUUGUAAAUAAAGUGUAUACGUUUAAAAAAAAUACCAACUCGCAAAUAAUUCGUGUUGAUUGAUUGUGGAUGAAAUUGACAAUAUAAGUACUCUAAUAAACGGAUGCAUUAUCAAUCAAAAGGGGAUACGACUUCUGCCAUUUUAGUUUUCGAAUAGCUGAUUAAUUCUUGUUGACAAAUUCUUUGAAAUGAAAAACCUAUCUGGGGAUAUUUUAAUAAGGAAUACAAUGAUUUGCGAGAUUUGACAACAAUCACAAAUCAUUAUGACAAAAGAUUAUCUUGAGGCUCUAGUUGACAUUACGAAGAAAUUAAAAAUCAGACCGCAAGUUGACUUACAACGCUUUAUCAUUAAUCCGACAGGAAGGAUCAGGAAAGUUUCCAGUCAUGCAGUACUAGAUAUCGUGGCUGACUCCCAUGGACGUAUCCGUAGUGGUUCCAUGGAGAGUACCAGUAAAUCUUCUUCAGCUGGUUCCCUGGACAGUCCGUCCAGAGUGCGCAGGAUAUCUAGUCAGUCUGUGCUAGCAGUUGUACAGGAAAAUGAUAGUUGUUUUCAUUCCACGUGUCUUGAAGCUUGUAAAAACAUGACAAUCUUAGAAAAGCUUCAAUACAUAAGAAAACUGCAGACUGAAAUUCGAGAACAAGAUCAACUACUGGCGAAACAAUUCCUUCAAUUAUACAAAGACAUCCAGCAAGAGAAAGUCCGGAAGUCAUGCAUCCAGCAUCAGGAUCAUUUAGACGCUUUAUUUGAUGACACAGUUGAAGAAAAGGAGACUCCAGUCAUGUGUGACCAACCAGUCAAACGUAGAGCAAAGACACUUACAUGCGGUGUUACCCGGAUGAACAUUCGAUCUCAAAGAUUUUCAUGCUCGUAGAAAUACUCGUAAAAUCAUAUCACAGCCUCUAAAAAAAGACUACAAAGAUUAUAUUCGAUUUAAAUUUAUUGUAAAUGUAUGUACUAACACAACUAACCAUAUCAUUUGCUCUGAACUAGUGGUGUUAAAAUGGCCGGGAGGAGGUACCGGUACUUGAUGUAUCUUUUAAUAAAUGUAAAUAUGUUGAUAAAACGUUUUGAAGAUAAGAAAAAAAGUUCAUUCAAAUCUGUUAUUUUUUUUAUUAUUAUUGUUAUUUUUUAAUCUAUACGAUUUAUUUGUAUCUGAUUGAAUUAAAACCAUUUAUUAGUCUG